AUGGCCAUCAAGCUUCAAUUCUUCAUAUUCUUGAUUUCCUUAUCCUUCUUCUUUCUCCUUGCCGUCUCAGGAAUCCCCUCCGAUGGCAUAAACGAGUGGUGCAACAAAACCCCGUACCCCAAACCAUGCAAAUAUUUCUUGAACCAUGGUCCCCGCCAUUUUGUGCCUAAACAAAAAUCCGAUUUCAGAAAAAUGGCUAUCAAAUUAGCCAUGGAACGUGCACUCAAAGCCGAGGUUCACACUAAAGAGCUUGGGGUCAAGUGCAGAAACAACCGCGAAAAAGCUGCUUGGGCUGAUUGUUUGAAGCUAUAUGAAAGCACCGUCGAGCAACUUAACAAAACCAUAGACCCCAACACCAAAUGUACUGAUUUUGAUGCUCAAACAUGGCUCAGUACUGCAUUGACAAACCUUGAGACUUGUCGAACGGGGUUUAGGGAACUUGGUGUGUCGGAUUUUAUGCUGCCUUUGAUGUCGAAUAAUGUGUCACAAUUGAUAUGCAACACUUUGGCUCUUGGAAAUAAUGGUACUAAUGUUAAAGAAACGUAUCAUGGGUUUCCUAGUUGGGUUUCACCUGGAGACAGGAAGCUGUUGCAAACGUCGUCCAUCAGGCCGAACCUUGUGGUGGCUCAGGACGGGUCUGGGAAUUACCGGACCAUUAAGGCUGCCCUUGAUGCUGCAGAAAGGAGGAGUGACAAUGGAAGAUUCAUUAUACAUGUGAAACAAGGUGUUUACCGGGAGAAUUUAGUUGUUGGAAACAAAUUGAAGAAUAUCAUGCUGGUAGGUGAUGGAAUGAAAUACACUAUUAUUACCGGUAGCAGAAGUGUUGGAGGAGGCUCCACCACCUUCAAUUCAGCAACCGUCGCUGUCACCGGCGAAGGAUUCAUUGCUCGUGGCAUCACCUUCAGGAAUACUGCAGGUCCGCAGAACCACCAAGCGGUGGCACUCCGCUCCGGCUCCGACCUCUCCGUCUUUUACCGCUGCAGCUUCGAAGGAUACCAAGACACUCUUUACGUCCACUCCCAACGCCAAUUCUACAAAGAAUGUUACAUGUACGGGACAGUAGAUUUCAUCUUCGGAAAUGCAGCAGCAGUUCUCCAGAACUGCAUGAUUUAUGCAAGAAAGCCUAUGGAUAAACAGAAAAACGUCAUUACAGCACAAGGCCGGACUGAUCCGAACCAGAACACCGGAAUUUCAAUCCAAAAUUCACGAGUAAUGGCUGCGGCUGAUCUCCGGCCGGUGUUGAGUUCAUUCAGGACGUUCCUGGGAAGGCCCUGGAAGCAAUAUUCACGUACAGUUUUUCUUCAAACGUACAUGGAUUCAUUGGUGGAUCCAGCGGGGUGGCUGGAGUGGGAUGGUAAUUUUGCUCUGAAUACAUUGUAUUAUGGAGAAUAUAGGAACUCCGGCCCUGGUUCUGCCACCGGCCGGCGAGUCAGGUGGCGGGGAUACCGUGUUAUAACGAGUCCGACUGAGGCAUCGAGGUUCACAGCGGCGAAUUUUAUUGCUGGACGUUCAUGGUUGCCGGCAACCAAUGUGCCAUUCACCGCCGGACUCUAA